AUGGCACCGCUGCUUCCGGAUUCAGUCACAAAUCUACUCAAAUCAACCAGAUACGUCCAUUUGGGUACGUGCCGCGACAACGUGCCCCAUGUAUCGUUGAUGAACUACACGUAUCUCCAUCGCGAUGGAGAUUUUGUCAUUUUCAGCACCCCUGAAAACUCCACUAAAUACCAGAAUAUUGUUGAAAAUCCUCAUGUUUCGCUUCUUGUUCACGAUUGGAUCUCAGCAAAGAGUCUGCAAGCUCCUACAGAACCCAGAGAGGGCCGCCGCAACUCACUCUAUGAACUUUUGGCCAAUAUUAACAAAAACGAAAUCAGCAGCGUUUCGGUGAUGCUUGAUGGAAAAGCACAAAUACUUGCCACCGAUGAUCCUAAUUAUGGGUUCUAUCGGUCAUUACAUUCUAACAACAAUCAGAUUGACCAGGACCAAGCCAAGACUUAUAUCGAUUGCGAUAAUGCAUUGGUCGUGGUUGAGAUUGAAAAGUGUAAGGUGACUGAUACGAAUAAUAAUGUGCAAGAAUACUAG